GAGCUCCGGCGUGGAGCUGCCCCCGCCCGGCUCCCGCCGCCGCCACCCCCGGCUCUCCCGGCUUCGCCUCAGGGCUUUCCCGCCCUCCGCCGCCGCCUCAGCGCGGGGGGCUGAGCGAGCGGCCCCUCUGCUCGUGGUAACGGGGCUGCUGGCACCGGGACCCGCCCCGGGGAUCCCCCUCAAGUCCCCAGCGGGACCCUCUCGGCUUUGGGAGCCACGCCUCGGCAUCUCCACGGACUUCAGUUUUUGGGAGGUUUGGUGGUCCCUGCCCCCAGCAUGUGGACCCAGGCAAUUAAAGCACAGUCCCAGGGUUCGGUGCCUGCCCAGGCAGUGCCACUCUGGGGUUCAGUGCAGGACUAAAUGGCGAGCAAAUGGACUGCUUGAAGCACUGGGUUUGAUUGCUUAACAGAAGGGGCUCUGCUGAGGAUACCCCACAGGAAUCUGUUGGGUAUCUCUGUCAUCCCAGACUCUUCCCUGAAAUGGAACAAAGUGAAGGUGAACAGGAAUCCCAGGCAGAGAGUCACGUGGAGAGCAAGAGCAGCGUGAAAGCCUUGCCUGGGGGAACAGCCCAUGUCAAACUAGAGAUAAAAAAACAUGCAGUUACAGACGACUACAAACUCUCCAAACGUGUGCUAGGGUUGGGAGUCAAUGGCAAAGUACUGGAGUGUUUCAACAAGGAGACAGGCCAGAAAUGUGCUUUGAAGCUCCUGUACGACAACCCCAAGGCCCGUCAGGAAGUCGAGUAUCACUGGCGAGCCUCGGGGUGCCCUCACAUUGUCCACGUCCUGGAUGUGUAUGAGAACAUCCACAAUGGAAAGAGAUGCCUGCUCAUUGUCAUGGAAUGCAUGGAAGGAGGAGAGCUGUUUAGCAGGAUCCAGGAGAGAGGAGACCAAGCUUUCACUGAGAGAGAGGCCUCUGAAAUAAUGAGAGACAUUGGGACAGCCAUCCAGUACCUGCACUCCAUGAACAUCGCACACAGAGAUGUCAAGCCUGAAAACCUGCUUUACACAUCCAAAGACAAAGAUACUGUGCUCAAACUCACAGACUUCGGCUUUGCCAAAGAAACCACUGUAAAUGCACUGCAGACCCCCUGUUACACUCCUUAUUAUGUGGCCCCAGAAGUCCUUGGUCCUGAGAAGUAUGACAAAUCAUGUGACAUGUGGUCAUUGGGUGUCAUCACAUAUAUUCUCCUGUGUGGGUUCCCUCCAUUCUACUCAAAGACCGGUCAAGCCAUUUCUCCAGGGAUGAAGAGAAGAAUUCGGAUGGGGCAGUAUGGAUUUCCCAAUCCAGAGUGGGCUGACGUAUCAGAGGAAGCCAAACAACUCAUUCGCCAUUUACUGAAGACUGACCCAACAGAGAGGAUGACAGUCUCUCAGUUUAUGAAUCACCCUUGGAUUAAUAGAUCAAUGUCAGUGCCACCAACUCCUCUUCACACUGCACGGGUCCUGCAAGAGGAUAAAGACCACUGGGAUGAAGUAAAAGAGGAGAUGACCAGUGCUCUGGCUACCAUGAGGGUGGACUACGAUCAGGUGAAAAUCAAAGACUUGAAAACGUCCAACAACCGCCUCCUGAACAAGCGCCGCAAGAAGCAGAAGCAGGCGGGCGCCUCCUCUGCAGCCCCGGGCUGCAACAACCAGUGAGGGCAGAAGCCAAGAGGGACCUGUGGGUGGAGGGUGAAAGUUAAACAGAGCAAUUUCAAAUCAUGUGAUCGCCUCAGACCACGCCACAAAGGCAAUGAGACCGUGAAGAUGCUAUCCUGCAGAGAGGGAACAGUGUGAUAACAUUUUGGUAGCUUGAAUCAGGGCUUUGCUUUUCAAGACUAAUGGAUCUGAUGUGAUUCUGUUGCAUAUUGCAAGGGAAGGUACAGUAAUGCCAGGAAUGUUACAGGUUUUUGGUUUGGUUUUAGCUGUGUAGGACAAGAGGAGAGAACAGGAGGCAGUCUCAGCACAUUAAUGCACUGAGGCUUUAACAGCCAUCUACAAGAGUAACUUCUGCUGCUGUUUUAAACUGGGGAAUAGGAAAGUGCCAAGUGUUCUGCUAAGAGUGUUUUAGUAGUUUAGUAGAAUUGGUAAUAGUCUAUAUAUUUCCAAACUUACCUCCUGUAGUUACAGAACAUCACCUAAACUGUAAACAGUUAUUCUUGUUACAGGAAAAAACAUCCAUGCAUUUCCAUUUCCAUAAAGUCUUCUGUGUAGUCUCAUGUGAAGAUUUGAGUUUGUCAUGGAUUCCCAUUUGAUAACAUAAAUUUUCUGAGCUGUA